CUGAAAUGAUUUACCUGAUUAACUGUGAUGAGUUGGUUAUUGAAAUAAUCGUCAACUAGUUUAGCGUUUGAUCAAUUUUUAACUGGAGUAUACAGACUCAAAAAUGGCGAUUUGCUGAAAGCGGAACAUACUCCGCAGUAACUAAGCCAAAAUUACUGUAUAUGUACACAGAGACAUGCAUGCAAAUCUUUUGCUAUCCAGUUAUUAAUCCAAAAAGUAGCCAACAGAUCAGCCCUAUGCUGUCUUACGUGGAGCUGAAAGGGCUCAGACUUUCACGGUUUUUUUUAGCUGCAGAUGGACUCUGCAAUCCAAACCCGAGUUUCUCCUACUUGGCUGAAACCUGGGGCAAAGGAAAGUGUCAGAAUGACAUGUCCUCUCCAGGGUUCCUGGGCAGACCGUACGGCGUUGCAUGAAGCCGCGGCCCAGGGCCGGGCCUUCCAGCUGAAGCAGCUCAUAGAGAGCGGGGCCUCUGUCAACGUGGUGACUGUGGAUAACAUCACACCGCUGCAUGAAGCCUGCAUUCAGGCCUGUCCCAACUGUGCCCGCCUCCUGCUGGAGGCCGGAGCUCAGGUAGACAUCCGGACCAUCCAUGGCAGCACGCCCCUCUGCAACGCCUGUGCUGCUGGCAGCCUGGAGUGUGCCCGGCUGCUCUUGGAGUACGGCGCCACGGUGAACCCAUCGCUCACGGCGCUGACUGCAUCUCCGCUCCAUGAGGCCUGCAUCCAGGGUAAUGCUGAGGUGGUGAGGCUGAUGAUAACCAGCGGCGCCAAGCUGGAAGCCUUCGACGUCCACUUUGGUCCCCCGCUUCACAUAGCAAGUGCUAAAGGUCACGUGGAGUGUGUCAAGGAGCUGCUGAAAGCAGGUGCCAAUGUGAAUUCAGUGAAUUUUCAUGAGACAGCUUUGCACCACGCCGCUCGAGCCCACAUGGUGGACAUGAUCGAGCUGUUGGUGGAAUUUGGAGCCAAUGUGUACGCCAGUGACAGUCUCGGAAAGAAGCCACUCGACUACAUGACGCCGGCCUCUCCCUCUUACGCCUGCCUCCAGUUUUAUGAAAGUAAUCCUCUGAACCUUCAGCAGCUCUGCAGGAUUGUUUUGAGGAGGAUUCUGGGUACCAAAGCCUCAGAGGUCAUAGGCCAGCUGAACAUCUCCCGACGCAUCUACGACUACCUCCAGUUCUCUGACCACUGCUGAAUCUCUCCUAUCCACUGAAAGUAUUAAAAACAAAGUGUCUCAAAUAACUGUAUUCUGUCCAAAUAUGUCAUGUACACUUAUAGGGAUUCUUGUUAAAUAUGUUUGAGGAAAGAAACUUAAUAUAAAUGUAAAAUUUAUAUUGGUAGCAUAAUCUCACUCUAGAAAUUUUUUUUAAACAAUCCAAAUUUUGGUUGGUUGCAGAAGGAUAAUCACGUGAU